AUGCGAAUUUUAAUUUCAGCCGAACCAGUUGUAGAAUCGAUAGUUAAUGGAAAGGAAGGGAAAGAAUUGGAUGCCACAUUUGUUACUUGUUACGUAGGAGCUCGCGAAUAUUGGAAAGACCCAGCUUGUCCUUUCCGCACUGACAAGGAUUUCAAACUUACUUGUGUUCCAACGUUGCUGGAAGUAGGAAAAAAGCACAAGCGAUUGCUCGACGCUCAAGCAAAGAAUGCUGACCUGGUAAAGGACUUCUUUUUCGAAGACUAG